GGCUGGGCGGGCACGCCCCCUGCCCGCGGCCCCCUCCCGCCUGUGGCCGCGGCUCGGCUCGCUCGCUCGCUCCCCGGGGCAGAGGGCCGGAGCGAGAAGAUGGCGAAGACCUACGACUAUCUCUUCAAGCUGCUGCUCAUCGGCGACUCGGGCGUGGGCAAGACCUGCCUCCUGUUCCGCUUCUCCGAGGACGCUUUCAACACCACCUUCAUCUCCACCAUCGGAAUUGAUUUUAAAAUCAGAACAAUAGAACUGGAUGGCAAGAAAAUAAAGCUUCAGAUAUGGGACACAGCCGGCCAGGAGAGAUUCCGCACCAUCACAACCGCGUACUACAGGGGAGCCAUGGGGAUUAUGCUGGUCUAUGACAUCACAAAUGAAAAGUCCUUCGACAAUAUUAAAAACUGGAUCAGAAACAUCGAAGAGCACGCUUCUUCAGAUGUUGAAAGAAUGAUCCUGGGUAACAAGUGUGAUAUGAAUGACAAAAGACAAGUGUCCAAAGAAAGAGGAGAGAAGUUAGCCAUUGACUAUGGGAUUAAAUUCUUGGAGACGAGCGCGAAGUCCAGUACAAACGUAGAAGAGGCAUUUUAUACACUUGCACGAGAUAUAAUGACAAAACUCAACAGAAAAAUGAACGACAGCAAUUCGUCAGGGGCAGGUGGGCCAGUGAAAAUUACAGAAAACCGAUCAAAGAAGACCAGCUUCUUCCGCUGCUCGCUGCUUUGAUGAACUCUUUUUCUAAGAGACUGCAGGACCCUCUCUUGCUUCUCUGAAAGCACAGGUCACCCAGCCUCCGACUCUUCCUGCCCGGCUGCUGCGGAGAGCACCAUGCCCCCCAGACCUCUGGACACAGACUCCCAGUGGACGCCAGCCCCCUGGCCAGCACCAUCCCAGGCUCCUUUUCUCCAACAUGGAAGCAGUGGUGUGGAGAGACAUGCAGGACCUGUCCUCUUUUUCCUUUGUUGCAGAACUUGCUAGCUUUCUUUCUCACUGCACAGCAGUGCUAACCUUUUUCCGACUUACUGCGAAAUCUGAGGCUCACAAGUGCACAUUUUUGUCCCAUAAACUUCUGGACAAAUGUGUGCAUUGGGGGUGGAGGUUUACAAAUAAGAGCGAGGGCACUGAAAGUAGAGAUUAACCUGUUUGGUCCGGUUCUCUGGGCCAACUGCCAUUGCACCCACAGCAUUUAUUUACACGCCCUGAUGUGUAGUUUUCUCCACUAAGAGUCAAAUUCUCUUCAGAUCUUUCUCAAAAAGAAAAAAAAAAAAUAACCAUCUCGUCAUCAGAGGCCACACGUUCUUGAUUUCUUCAUCCUUCAGUUGUUUGCCAGAGACUCUGGUUAGUGGAAGUCACCUCAGUCUCCUUUCGCCUGGGGUCCGUCUCACUCUACCUGCCCUUUCUUUUGACCUGUUAUAACCACUCAGUUAUCUACCUAAGACACAGCAGAUCUGAACCUCCUUGUCUGCUUCUCGUUGUGAACUUUUGAGCUGAAAUUUGGCAUAAGCAGCUAGAUGGCCUUUUAUCUCAGCACCCAGUCGUGCUUAUUUUUUUGUCAUGCCAAGUACUCCUUAGCUUGUUGGUUUAGUCUGAAUGCCUCGCUCCUGCCAUCAUCUCUUGUCUGUAAGAGCUAACAAAGAGUUAGUUUUUAGUUUGCAGGAAGCUAACCAGAAGGGAGAGUGACAGGUUGCUAUAAAUUUAAUAAAGAUAGCUCUUGAUGAUUAUAACAUGAGAAUUUGGUUCUGCCUUAUUGAUUCUGUUGUUGUUGUUUUAUAAGAGUAACUAGACCCAUGCAGCCUCUAGGAAGAAUGUCGCUUUCUCACUAGAGAAAGUCUGCUGGAGGUUUCAGUUUGGAAAUAGCUGUUGUUGAGUGUGUGAGCCCAGCUCCAUCUGUUCAGGUUCAUUGUUACAGAACUUGGUCCAGUCAUUUGGACUGAAGCCAGCCAAACGCUUAGCUGCCUUUCUCACCAAACUGCUACUGGUGGUCCUUAUGUAUAUGAUGCUAUCACAAAAGGGGAAAGGGAAAAAAAAAGAACUUAGUGCUAACUUAUGUGCCAAAUUCAGAUUUUUCUGUCGCUGCUGUUACUCUGGCCUUCUGACACAGAAAGGAACAACAAAGAGGUGACCAGGGAAAUGAAUUCUGUUCACAACUAUCCUUCCUGUUUCCCUGCUUUGUUCUGUAAAGGUCACCAUCAGGCUUGAUCGACAGUGGAAACGUAUUGCUUAUUACUGUAGGGAUUUCUGCUUCAAAUUAAGGUCUUGUUGGAAUCCACUGUUGCUUGGACCAGCUAACGUAGACCAUCUGUUUGAAAACUUCUGCAUAGUUGAGAGGCAACAAAGUACUGGGCUCUCUCUCUCUCUCUCUCUCUCUCUCCCUUCCUCCCUCCCUCCCUCCCCUCCCUCUCUCUCUCCAACAGACACACAAAACUUGUUGCUGAUAAAUUUCAGCCUCCUUGAUUGUCUGACUUCCCUGUAGGUUUACAGACAUCUGUUGGUGUUCUAGUAAGACCGGCAGUUCUUUGUUUAACAGUUGAUUGUAAGUCUACCAUGUUAGAGUUAGGUCCACCUUUAGCAAAGGAAAGUGAAUUUCUUAGAAGCAUGUUAUCUUUACUCACUCUCAGAAAAAGAUCCAAGCAGCUAGACUUUCUGAACAGGAACAAAGUGAUUUCUCAAAAGGCAAGUGCUAUGGUGCCGUGUGUGAAUGUAGCCCUCUUAGUAACUAACCUCUGACUGCUCGGUCUCUUAACCCUUUGGUUUAUAUCUCAGGGGCUGUCUGCAAACCAAAACUGACAUAUUCUGUGGUUAGCUUUUUUUUUUUU